UGAGAAAAAAAGACAACGGUGACCCUAAGAAUUGAUUGGGACUAUGCAGGUGCAGUAGGGAGAAUAUGAAAAAUUACGGAAUACACCUCCUCGUACUCUCGCACGUCUUUUCAAUGCCCAAAUUAAAGCAAAGGUGCACUGUUGACUUGAUCCAAUUCAUGACCACAGGGAAUGUGGUGGACGUGUUGCACUUGGCUAAGCUUUGUGAUGCACCAAAUCUCUACUUCAAGUGUGUCAAGUUAGUUACCAAUAAUUUUGAAGCGGUGAAAGAAACAGAGGGGUGGAAAUUAUUGCAUAAACAUGACCCUUGUCUCGAAGUUGACCUUAUCCGUCUCAACAAAGAACAAGAAUCGAGGAAGAAGAGAGGAGAGAAACAUAGGGAAGAACAAAAGUUGUUUGUGCAAUUAAGUGAAGCUGUACAAUGUUUGAAACAUAUAUGUACAGAAGGUUGCACCAACGUGGCAUCAUAUGAUGUGGAGAUUACGGGGAGGCCGUGUACUAAAUUCUCCACAUGUCAAGCUUUGCAGGGGUUGAUCAAACACUUUACCACAUGUGAUAGGAGACUCGAGAGAGGGUGUAGGAGUUGUAAGUCUAUGUGGAAAUUAUUUAGACUUCACUCCUGCAUCUGCAUUAACCAAGAAGCAUGCAAGGUUCCUCUUUGCAAGAAAUAUCAAUUGAUAGCUGAGAAAGAGAACAAGGAAGGUGCUACGAGGUGGAAACUAAUAGUGGGGAAAGUAGCAUCAACCAUGGCCAUGUCUUCCUUACAAUUGCUAAGGACAAGGAGAGAUGAGGUAAUUCGGAAUGCUAGAGUAGAGGAAGAGGAAGAUGAGUUAAGAGAGUCUUCUAAUUGGUGGACAAAUGCAAUUGCUUGUUUUCGAUGUAUUUAA